AUGCAAUUCUUCAACUACGCCGGCACCGGGGCAAACUCGGAAUCCUUCCACUACUCGCAAGCCGUCCGCAUCGGGAAUACUAUCAAAACCUCAGGCCAAGGUGGCUGGGACGAGAGUGGUAAUGUCCACACUGACGUCGAGCAACAAGUGGCUAUCGCUUUUGAGAAUGUCGAAAAGGCCCUGAAGAGCGUUGACUCGCGUCUGUCGUGGGAAAAUGUUUAUGCAGUGCGAAGCUAUCAUAUCAAUGUUGAUCAGACGUUUGAUAUGGUCACCGGCAAUUUCAAGAGGGUUCUUCCUAGUCAUCGACCCAUUUGGACUUGUGUGGAGAUUGGAAAGCUUGGAAUUGAGGGAAUGGUGAUUGAAAUUGAGGUUGAGGCUCAUUGCCCUUAUUAA